UCAUAUUGUGUGAGGGAGAGGAAGCCAUGUCUGAGAUGGGUUGAGAAAUACUUCAAAGACUGCCUUUGCAAUGUGAAAGAUGACAUCUCCUUCAGUUUCGGUCUCAUAAGUCUUGUGUGUUGGGGAGUCGCUGAAAUCCCUCAGAUUAUUACAAAUUUUCGCACCAAGUCAAGCCAUGGAGUCUCCCUUGCCUUUCUCUUCACUUGGGUCGCCGGUGACAUAUUCAACUUGGUGGGUUGCCUUUUGGAACCAGCUACGUUGCCUACACAAUUCUACACAGCUCUGCUUUAUACAAUCACUACGAUCGUAUUGGUACUGCAAAGCUUAUAUUAUGACCACCUUUACAAAUGGCGCAAACGUCGGCACAAGCUCAACAACAGAGGAGUUGAUCACGAAGAAGACAAAAAACCAUUGAAACCGAAACCAAGUCAUGAAUCUGGGAUUCCAAUACCAAAUGGCACACCCAAAGCAGCACCUCGACGGGAAUAUUACUAUACGUCAGCAAGAUCACUAGCUGGGAGUGGCACUCCACCCUUCCGUACAUACAUGAGAGCUGUUAAAAGUGGCCCUUCAGCAAUGGAAUUGAACUGUGAUUCUUCUUCGGACGAUGAGGCAUCGUCGUCUCCGGCGAUUCCCUCUUCCACACAACCUAGGCCCAUCCCACGUUCCGCAGCUGGAUAUGGGACAUUUCUCGCUGCAUCUGUUAACUUGCCUCUGAAGGGUAAUGCUCUGAGAGAAGGAUACAUAAGAUUCAAUGGACGAAAACUUCUGCAGGAGCAACAGGUACACAGUGCACUUGGUCAAUGGUUGGGAUGGCUCAUGGCUGCUAUAUAUAUGGGGGGUCGCCUACCACAAAUAUGGUUGAACAUUAAACGAGGCAGCGUAGAGGGCUUAAAUCCUUUCAUGUUCGUAUUUGCACUAAUUGCUAAUGCUACUUAUGUUGGAAGUAUUCUUGUACGAACUACAGAAUGGGAUAGCAUCAAACCUAAUAUGCCAUGGUUGCUGGAUGCUGUAGUUUGCGUGGCACUGGACCUUUUUAUAAUACUGCAAUACAUCUACUAUAAAUACUUCAGGAGGAGAGCACCAAGUUGUGAUGGAGACUACUACGAAGACGCCAGAAAAAGCUGAUCCAGCUUGAUCCCAAAGAUUUAACUGAUCAUUGCCAAUUUGAAAAAUGGCUAUACAUUCCCAAAGUGUAUCAAUUAUGAUUUCUCCACGAUUCAUCCUAUCGUAUGGUUGUUAUAUUUUUAAGUGAUAAUAUAGCUCUUUGUUUCGCUGUCAAA